AUGGAGUCUGAGUUCAAAAAGCAAGAAGCCAGCAAGAGGUCAGAGGACGCCGAUGAGGCAAGUAGUUAUUGGUCGUGGUUGUUGGUCGGGAUUGUUGCUGCUUCGUAUAAAUGUAUCAAGUUGCUAUGUAUUUGUCUGCCAUAUAUGAGAAUUUUUCGCAGUUGAAAAUUAAUUAUAAGCCCAGUGAGUAACACUGAAAAGAGCAAACUCUUCAACGAGUCAGCUCAAAUUGUAAUAGUUUUAAAUGUUACAUGAUUCCUGUUUAUAUGCAUCAGGAGAAUUAAAAGUAGAUCAGUAACAGCAAUGUUUUGUUUAAGCUUUAAAGUGUAUUUAGAUCGAAUUUGCACGUGUGCACGUGCAAAUUCGAACGUACUGCGUUGCUGAGAUAUACCCAUGUUAAGGAUAAUUUAAGCGAGCAUUGUCCGUAUCAGAAACUAUUGUUAACAAAUGUGGCAGUGAAAGUUCUCGAUGGGCGCCCCAGCCGAUUCACGCUUGGGAAUUAUAUCUGUAAUACUCUAAUAAAACAAAUAGUUUAUUUUCGCGGGCACAACCACGUUCUAAAAACAGAACAUGAACUAUAUUGAUUAUUAAUUAAUAUCAAUUUGGAGGGCAUUGAGAAAAUGAAAUAUGGAACAAGUCAAUAAAGCAGUCUGAACAAUUGUGCGAGCGUGGGUCAGUGGACCAAAAUACAUUUGAGCUUUCUAAAAUCUGCAUUUUAGCCUAGGAAAUGUACCUCAAUGCCCGACAAAGUGAUGAUAACUUCAGCUUUGCAAAUGGCAGUAGAGAUAAUUGAAAAAAUUAUAAAAAGCAAGGGUUGAGAAAUUAAGGGGAGUUGGACUUUAUUUUUCCUAUGUAUAUGUACAUACAUGGGAACAUAACCCAAAGUGUCAAAUGACAUCUAUUUUUUUAAGAGGCAAAUGCGAUGUAUAGAAUUGAUGAUUAAUUUCUCUUGAAUCAAAAGAAUAUUCUGAUAUUUGUGACAGGGAAAGUCCCUAAGUGAGCAGCUGUUCUAUGCUGGGGAGAAAGGGGAUGUUGAAAAAUGUUCAGAAUUGGUUGAUAGAGGAGCAGAUGUGAACUGGAAAGCAGGUUCAGAAUUGGUAAGCAUAAUAUUGUAUAACCGUCUACCCCUCCCCCUUUCCCCUGAAAAACCUGUUUUUGUGACUCUGCAGUUACUGGCAUGCUAUUAAUAGUAUCACGGGAUAAAGUUCAGGCUAUUCCCCACUAAAAGUUGCUUUCGUUAUGUAGCACAAUUGGUAUACUUUUACAUUAUUUGGCCUUUUUUUCUUUUAUAUAGUUGUAUUAAUUUGCUUGUUUACAAAUUACUUGUCACUUAGCGGUGCAUAUAACCCUUUAAUUCCCAUGAGUGACCAAGAGAGAAUUUCUCCUUACAAUAUCAAUACACUACCAAGUAGGCAAGUAGUGAGAAUAAAGACAAAUAUGAAUCAACCAAUUACUUAGGUUGAUCUAAUACCAAAUUCCCUGAACUAAGAUAUUUGAAUUGUGUGGUAGACAGUAAGGAGAAAUUCACUCAUAAUAUCUUGGGAGUUUAAGGUGUUAUCAGUGGUGAUCAAACAUUUCUUAUUCAAUGACCAGGUGAAACAUCAAUUUGUUAAUAAAAAUUCAAAUUUAUAAACUUUUGACAUUUUUUUUCACUGAAAUCAUAAAUUUUUUUCUGUUCAUGAAAUCCUCAGUUGAUUGUGUAAAAGUGAUUAGAUUACAGUCUACAGAGCUGAAAUUUCCUGUCUUGAGUGCUGAUUUUCAAGAAGAAAAUUGAAAAGACUUUAACUUGGCAUUUAAGGAUUAGGACCCCCAAUAGUAAGCUUUCAGUCUCACAGGUGAUGGCUACAAAGUCAAAUUUUCAGACUCUGUUACAGUAGAUUGAAUACUGCUUUCUAUGCUUUUCUUAGUGGUUUAGGACCCCAUUGAUGCAGGCAGCUAAAAGUGGAAUGACUGCAGUGUGUAAACUGUAUUUGGAAAAUGGUGCCAAAGUUGAUGCAUUUACAAAGGUAUGUAUAUUUAACUGGUAAUCCUUUCAAACAUUCAAACUGAACAUUUUGUUGGAUCAUAUAUUAUACAUCAAAAUCAAUGGGAGACUCCAUCAUAAUUAUUACAUAGUUAUGAUAUUAUGUCAUAUUUUAGUAUGAUAAUAUCAGAAAACAGGCAAGAAUUUGAAGCUUGACUGAAUCAAAGCAUUGUCGGCAAUUACAUAACCUUGCAUUUCAGGACUGGCUGACAUUCUACACAAAGGGAAUCUCUAAAGCAAUAUUCUAAUAAUACUAUGGCAAGCCACUGAAACAGAUAAUUUUUGUCCACCACUGAAACAGACAUAAUUAUUUUCCAAAGGUUAUUCUGAGGGAGUGAAGAACAAAUGGGCCAGCCCAAGCUGUCUAUUUAGCCUUGAAACUUAUAACCAUGCAGUUAUAAUUUAUGUAAUCAAAGUAAUUCUUCAAUUGCUUUUCAGAGUCAAUACACUGCAUUGACAUUAGCUGCCCGAUAUGGAAAAACAGAUGUAUGCCAGCUGUUAUUUAGUAAUGGAGCCAAUGUGAACAAUCAAACAACGGUGAAUGAUAUAAAUUCAAUGCAAUGUUCCAACUGUUUUGUUUGGAAUUACUUUCUGCAGUAUCAUUUUCAUCCUUUGUUGUUAAGGGUAGAAUCUUUUUGUUAACUGUUAAUUAUCUGUCAUGAAGUUGUUCAUUCUGUUUCUACUGUGAGGGAACCUAAAAAAAAAUGCUUACCAAUCUUAACUUAAUUUUUGGUGUGUUACCUUGAUGGUUAUUGAUAUGACGUUUUCUGGCAAGUGAUAAAAGAAAAAUGAAUAGAUAAUUAAUAGCUCAAUUGAUUGAUCACUUUGUAAACCCUCUUCAGCCCCCUACACUCCCCUCCCCUCCCCCUACGCAAGAUCAUAAGGGUAAUUGAGAUCAGUUGCAAUUAAUCACCAUAUUAAGUUAAAGGUAACUACAGAGAGCAAUUUUCAAUAAUUUGAGUUUUGCAAACAAUUUUGGGGUUGUUUUUGUUUUUUUUCUCUGCUAUGUGGUUGAUUCAGAAAAAAAUUACACUUUCAUUUAAACCAAUCAGGUCCAAAAGUAAAAACAACAGCAACUUUGUCACUGACAUUUUUAUGCACUGUUACCAGUUUGCUUGGUUUUACUCUGGGCCCUCAAGCGACUUUUCUUUCCUCUGAUUGGCUGUUUUCAAUUGAUUACUAAUACAAUCAAUCAAAAUAGGUUUUUAUCAGUAAGUUAAAGAUGAGGGCAUAGAGUAAAAUAUGGUCCAGUAAAAAGUCCAUCAAUCAGUAGCAUUUACUAAUACAACCACCUCACACCCCUCCCUGCAUACUAAUAGCUCAUCUUCCACCCCUCCCCAAGUAAUAACAGUCUGCCUCCCACCCCUCCCAGAGUACUGUUAAACUGCAUCCAACCCCUCCCUGACUUCUGAUGGUCUUCCUCCCCCCCCAAUAAAAUGAUCCAAAAAGUGGACCAAAAAAAAGGUUCAAAAAAGUGGUCCAAAAAAUAGUCCAAGUGUCCAAUGUUCCAGUCCAUAUUUCACCCUAUGCCUUAAUUUACAGUAUCUAUUGUCCAGUAGUUGCAGAUCUUUAUGAUUGUUGAUAAUUGAUCAUAUUCAUUAUUUUAUAGUAAACACGGAUAAACAAAAUUGAUAAGCAUUGGUAUGUGUUUUAGGAUGGUGAGACACCACUUAUGUGGGCAGCUCAUAAUGGCCAUUCAAAGACCUGUAAACAUCUUUUGAAAUGUGGAGCAAAGGUUGAUCUUCAGGAUAAGGUAUGUGCAGCAAUUUGCAGACUCAGCAGAGUUAAGGAGGCAUGACAUGAAAAGGUUGUUCCAAGAUUUUAUCUUGAAGUAAGGGUUCAUGUCUCCAUGUUGCAAGGAUAUUAAAUGAACUUUUCAAUCUCAUUUUUAAAAUGUUUUCUCCUCAGCAAUAGGAUGCUUAAACUUUUUACAAAGCAAUCCUGCCACUUGAAUCUGUUUCAGUAUUUUCAGUGUAUGUUGAUUUUUAUACUAAACUAUUUUUCACUGUUAAACCCUAGUACCGUUUCACAGCACUGAUCCGUGCUGUCAAAGGUGGUCAUGAAGAUGCCUGCUCAGUUCUUUUGGAGGCUGGGGCAGAUGUAAAUGCUACUUCAAGACUUGGAGAUAAGGUAUUCAUUUGUCAAUUUCUUUAAAGUCAUUUUUUACACUCUCUAUUGUUUCUCUCGUGUUUUGGUUAAAAUGACUUCCCUAGUAAUCCAUUUUUGCUGAGGUGAAAGAACACAAAGGCAGAUUAAAACAAUUAAACAAAAAACUGAAAUGCAAAAUCAAGAAAGUGCCAUCUACCUAAUUAUGACUGUGUGACACAGAAUGAUAUGAUUUCAGUCUUUGAUGAGGAACUUGAACUAAGUGCUUAAUAGCUGUCAUUUAAAGAUGUUUUUGAUUGACAGGUCUGGGAUGCUGAGUACUGGGCCACAAGAAAUAAUCAUUCUCGUAUUGUGAAGCUGAUACAGGUAUGUUUUGCGAAUUCCGAAGCACAUGUAAAUCGAACUCGAAAACCUGGUUUGGAAGUAAAGAGUUUUUUUUUCCUUUUAUUUUUUUCAGAGUCAUAAGGUGCGCUGUUCUCUUCUUAAAGAUGGCUCUGAUCCGCCCACUUACGUUACCCUUAAUGUAUGCGGCGCCGUCAAUGCAGGGAAAACAACUCUCAUUGCAAAACUGCAAAUGAAUUUCGUGCAGCGACGACUGAACAGGCGAAAUGAACCGGACACGAGCCAAGAUAUGUCUUCAAGAACUGCUGGGAUUGGAGUGGGGAUCAUUAAAGUUCCUGGGGUCGGUGAGUUCCGUAAAAUGGACAUGGCGGGUCACGCUUGGGCUUUCACAAGCAAUGAGUACUUUAUUGGCAAGAGGACGUCCAUAUCUUUGGUCUUGUUUGACUUGAGUAAAGCAGACGAGGAAAUCAAAAAGGAUUUGUUCCAUCACCUGGGUUCGUUGAAGGCCAGGGAGACAAAGGUUGGCGUACUUCGUUUUCGUCCAGAAGUCGUGUUGAUUGCGACACACAUUGACAAGGUAGAACUGGGUACUGAACCGCAACUUCGAGCAAAUGCCUAUUUUAGGAAGGCAAAGGAAUGCUUUCAAGCUUACCUGAAUUUCUAUCGUAAAGUGAUGGUCUUGGAUUGCACUAAUCCUAAUGAUCAUGAUUUCGAGUCGUUGCGCGAUUGCCUUAAGGAGCUUCGUGACAAGAUAAUCAAGGUAAGUUCCUCUUUUUCUUAACUUUCUAGGAACAUAUGAAUACUUUUUCCAGGGCUCUAGUAUUUUCUGCAAGCUAACUGGGAAAUGCUUGUCCCAUGGCGAUGUUAAAGUUACCUUAAAAGUGUCUUAUUAGUUUUCUUGCUCCAUCAGCGAAACUAAUCUCACACCAUCAACGAUGCCAUACUGUAAAGGGUGUGGCAAAUCGGGGGAAGGCCUUUGAGGAACACAGGAAACUUCUAGAAAAUAGACAAAGAAAAGUCACUGGUAUUCAAUAUCUUGACAACUACUGAACGAUUCUUUGUGUCUCUGCUUUUUGCUGUGAUUGGCUGUUUUGAUCAUCUCACCUCUCCGAUGCUCUCUUAAAGACAUCAGAUCAGCUCUUAAAUGAGUUUACCAAUAAACUAAUACUCAAAAAGACGCAGAUAAUUAAGAGUUGUUGAUGGGCAAUUCGGAGGAUUUUUAAGGAAAUGUAUUGCUACAUUGUAGUUCUUACUUGGUACCUGCACAUGUGGCUUUAUUACCUUUCUUGUUGCGCUUCUAAACAAAUAGCUUUUCUAUUUUCCUAUUUUCCGGUGUAAAGUAUGUAUCUCGAGGACUCCACUGUUCUGUUUGUAUUUCGUACAGCAUUUACUCUUGAAGCUUUGUAAGCAAAUACACGGUCUCUUCUACCUAUAUGUCAAUGUUCCUGUAACAAUCAUUUUAAGCGUAAAAGUGAAAUUAUGGAGACCCGUUUACAUGUAAGUUUAGAAGUAUACAGUUUCUCAUAAUACUUGAUUUCCUCGCAGAACUCUGAUCGAGUGCCUCGCCUAUGUGCACAGCUAUUGCCUGACAUUCGUACGUGGGCAAAGGAGAGAAAAUCGUUUCCUGUUAUGUCCUGGCUGGAUUUUGUUGCCAAAGUGCGAGAGAUCAACAAUACUGCUGACGAAGAAGGAGUCAGAAAUAUCGCUUUCUAUCUGAAUGAAAGUGUCGAGGUAACAGAAUUUUUCGCAACCGCUACAAUUUACAAAAACAAAUGCAUUAGAAAUGUACAUUCUGAUGUGCACUUUUCGGAAAUUUUGAAUCGUAAGACAAAAUUUGCCUUUGUUAAAGAUCUAGGAAAGCUUAGUAAACUCUCUUUCAUUUCCUGAUCUACGUGCUUGCUCUCCAAUUUUCAGAUCGUGAGUGACACUUCCCCUUUGCUUCGUGACAAAGUCGUCCUUGACGUCAAUUGGUUGACAUCUCAUAUUUUUGGAAUCGCCUUGGCUCCCGCCAACUUCCCGCGUUCUCUCCGAUUCGACAGAGUCUCUGGAAUGGUUGAAAAAUCCGAUCUGGAAGCCACCUUUCGUGAAUGCCCUUUGAAACAGCUUAUAGAGCUGUUGGUACGAUUUGAAGUGUGUCUCCCAUGGGAUGAAGAAAAUCUUGUUUGUGAAAACUACCUCUUCCCUAGUCACCUGGAAACGAAUCGCAAUCUGGACGAUUUAUGGCCAACGAAGUUCGGUAGAAGUGACAGCGAUCGUUGUGUUGUUGGCCGUAUUGUCGAGUGCAAGAACAAAACGGAUGCUCUUCCUAACAGCUUCUUCCCAAAAUUCCAGAUCCGUUUGUUGAAACGCUUUGGACACAAAAGCCCAGUUUGGAGUCGCGGCAUCAAAAUCGCAGAUGACACGGUGGAGAUCCUUGCCACACUUUCAUCUAACCUAAAAGCGGUGAAUGUCUGUGUGUGGGCGCCUAAAGGAUGCGAGGAGCGUUGUUACUACUCCCUGACGUACAUCGAGAGACUCAGGGAUGAUCUACUCGACGAGGUUGCCGGGGGGAUCGAGUUUGUUGAGAAAGCCAUGAGCAUCGAGGUGCUGAAACGCAAAGAAUUUGAGGGUUACCCUUUGAAAGAAGUGGACGAGGCGCUCAAGAAAGGUGGUCCAAAUGCCAGACUUACGCUAGAAACAUAUGCAGUAAACGAAAGGGCGAUUGAUGUGCGAUACUGCGGAAUCAGACGGUACUCGCACCCGUGUGAUCACAUAAGUCACUUCCCGCUGAGGGAAAGAAAGGCAUUAUCCAAGAUACUGGACUCCAAUAUUGAAUCUGAUCACUUACAACUGUUGUCAAACCAUCUGAAAGUGCCCGUGGAACACGAGGAUAGUGAAUCUGGUAGUGUAUCGCAGAGAGAGUUGUUAUUUAGCGCUCGAAUAGAAGUGAGAGGGCUAACAAUGUAUAUUUUAAAUACAUCAAUCCAUCUGGUGUUGAGUUAGAAUAGUGUAGAUUAUAACAAUCAAAGAGAACGUACAACGAAACGAACAAAGAACGAAACAUCCAAACAGAACAUGUCAUGCACCACGGUAGUGACACGUCCUGUUUGGAUCGUUUGUUUUGUUGUUGUUGUUGCUGGUGUAUGUGUUGGUUUUCUGGAUUGAGUUAUCAUGUUUAUAUUUUUCCACUUCACUGAUAGAGUAGUUUUCACUUUAAUUUAAACAAUUUUCCUUAACUUUCAUACUGUUUUAAAAACAGAAUACGUGACUAUUUGAGAAUGACGUGUCACAGUAAUACUACAACUAUGCAACUCUGGUGCAGAUUUUUUUGCUAAUUAACGAUGAAAACUAGCGAGAAACUCGUUAGUUUUCGUGAGUAGACAUUUUCAGCAGCAACCCAUUCCCCUCUUCCAUCACCCUUUCCCGAAGAUAAAAAAAAAUCUAUACCUACUCGACAUGUGAACUAAUUCAGUAAAUGGUUUGAACUAUAAGGUAACAGUUAAUAGUGUGGUUUUAUCGUCCGGGCGAGAGUAGAACUGAGCAGGACUCUUGUCGGUAGCGGUGGCUGAUGUUUCGACAAACUUAGCAGAUGUAAACUUCCGAGUCGAACCGAUUGCCAACUCAGCUUAUAUCUAAUCGCAUGUUAAAUUGGCCCAAACAAUAACAGGUGCUUUUAUUACGACUGGCACUUCCAAACAGCAGGUCGUUCUUGGGACAGUAAGUUGAUUCUUUGUCCUAAUUUCUUUGUUUCAGGUUUCACUAGCGUUAUUCCGGGAAGUAAAACAGAUCGGUACCUCUCACGCUGUGCCUUUGAACGUGAUCUGUGUACAGAUGACUUGAUUCAAGCUUUUGAGCGUGUCAACCAAUUCCAAGCUGCUACAAUUGUUAGUCAGUGGCUUGCCAACGUUCACAGCGCUCAAGACAUUAAUGCACUGGACAGAACUAGAGGUGAAAGCAGCGCUUCCGAGAGAAGCUAUUCCAUUGGUUCACGCAGUCGUUGGACAAGUGGAGCGUCCGAACAUUCUGAAGUACGAACAAGGAGUACAGAAGGGAGUAGUGCCUCUGAGGGAAGUCCUUCCUUAGUAAACAAAACAAGUGUUAACGGGAUAAGGAACCCGCUUCCACGGGCCAGUCCUCAACAAAGCUUUGACUCCCCCGACAGAAAAGAAAGCGGUGCAUCGGAGAAUAGUCUUCACUUUGAUGUGGAAAAAGUGAGGUCUAGUAGUGGAUUUUCUUCCUCAGGAGGCAGUUUCACUGGAGGAAACUUACGACCUCGUUUUGAGAGCGCAAGUUCAGCUUCUGGGCUCAGCUACCCAACUGAAGAGUCCUUCUGGGUGUCUCACGAAAGGCUUUCUCGUGAAGUAUCUCAAACUAGUUCAACAGAGCAAGUUGUACCUGGGACUCGUCUUGUUGCCCAUCCUUGCUCGAAUUGUAAAUACUGUGAAACAAAACUACCUGCACAAGACAACGAAGGUACCGAGCCACCCCUCAGCAUAGAAGAAACAUCGCAAGAUACAGGUGCUAAUGCACAUCGGAAAGAUUCUGAUCGCGACGCAUUACCAAGUCCCAUCCAGGUUUCUGAUGGCGUGUCUGAGGAAGAAGCUACCGAAAAAGAAUCAAUUCCAACGUGUGAGACUGCAGGAGAACCGGAACUUGGCGAAUCGUUUCCGUCGAUAAGGCAACUUAUUCCCGAGCUCUCCACGAGGUUGAGUGUUAAUUGGAGGCCCGUUGCUGUUGAUCUUGGUGUCAGAGGUUGUGACCUUCGACGUCUCGAAGACUCCAGCUUGCUUCGUGUCCAGGCGAGUGGAAUGUUGAAACUCUGGUUGGAUAACAACAAGUGCUCCUUUAAAUGCGCAGAUUGUCAAAACAUGAUCUCAAAAAGACUUGCAGAAGCAUUUGAAAACGCACAUCGAGCGGAUCUCAUGGAUUUCUUGCAGCAUUGAAGAGUUAAGUAAACUCUUUUGAAUUCGUUCUUUGGUGUUCUGUAAGAAUGCCUUUUCGUUGACAAAAAUAUCGUCUACCGUAGGAAUUUUAUGCGAGAUCUGAACAACUGCGCGCCUUCCACUCCCCUAGUCCUGUAAAAGUCAACUGAUAACCUGUAACUAGGCACUGUAUAUAUCGCUUGUAAUUUUUCUCGUUGCAAUUUAAUUUAUUGUUGGUAGGAAAGUUUGUCCAAACCGAUAAAUAUUUAAAUCGAAAACGGACGCUAUUUUUUCCAAAAAAGUUGUGAAAAACGGGAAAAGGGGAAUCAUUUUUCAUUUUGGUUUCCCCAUAAAUUCACAAAAUGAGCGUUGAUUAUGAGAGAGAGUAGGAAGAACAGAAUAGCUGGGCCGGAUGUUAAAAUUCAAAGCGACAAGAAUUCGAUGCACAAAUCUAGACAAGAAACAAUUUUCCGACUCACUCUUAAGUUACUUGUAUAAUAAAUGUACUAACAAUAGGGAGGAUAAGGAAUGUUUUUAGCAGGGUAGUAUUAUUAAUUUUCAUCAUUACAUGAUGUUGUUUUAUUUCAGAUCCGAGUAAUAAUUCCAGAUUUGAACAGAAUGUUGUACAUUUUUUUUUAAUGACAAGGGCAGUGUGAUGUCAUAGUGACGGAAUAUGAUGUCGUUACGGGCAUUUUCUAUAUGAAAUUUCUUGACUUACGUUGCCUCUCAUUAUUGGCUGAAUAAAUUAAACCGUCUGUAGUACCUAAAGAAUUGUAAGGAAAAGGCAUAGUCGUAUAUGAAACUGAGAUUUCAAAAUCAUUGAAAAAUCUUCUCUAUAAAUACUGAAAUUGUUUUCUGUUCUUUGUCUGUAAACCAACAAGCAGAAUCUACAUCGUUGCCCACACAUUUUCCCAGUACUUAGCUGUCGAUAAAAAAUCUCACAUUUG